CUGAUUAGGUAACAGAGAGCAAGCGCCUGUGCAAACCCUCUGGGGGAAGAGAGAGAGGAAGUCAAGCAUUUAGACAGAAGGAGGUUGUUAAAGCAGGGAAAUUUUGCGCCUGGAGAGAAGAGAAAGGGGAACACUUCCCCCUAUACCCUCCCCCUCGUUCAUCCUAGCUUUCCACUCCAGACCUCUGUGUGUGUGUGUGUGUGUGUGUGUGUGUCUAUGGACAACGGAUCGACGAUGCCCACGAACGGAAUUAACAAAGCCUUGAAGCUGCAGUUUGGCCUCAUCAACCACGAGAGCCGUUACCUAACGGCCGAGGCCUUCGGCUUCAAGGUGAACGCCUCGGCCUCCAGCAUGAAGAAGAAGCAGAUCUGGACUCUGGAGCAAGAGGACCAGGACACCCAGGUAGUGUUCCUUCGCAGCCACCUGGGCCGUUACCUGGCCUCCGAUAAGGAUGGUAAGGUGAGCUGCGGGGCAGAGCAGCCCGACUCGCCCGGCUGCCGCUUCCUGAUCGUGGCCCAGUCGGACGGCCGCUGGGCGCUGCAGUCGGAGACAUACCUGCGCUUCUUCGGAGGCUCGGCUGACUACCUGUCCUGCUUCGCCCAGGCCAUCGGGGAGCCCGAGCUGUGGGCCGUCCACCUGGCCCUCCAUCCGCAAUCUAGCCUGCUCAGCGUGGCGCGCAAACGCUACGCCCACCUGUUUGCCCGGGAAGGAGAGACGGUGGACAGCAACAUCCCCUGGGGCUCGGACUCCCUGGUCACCCUGGUAUACCUGGAAGGAAAGUACUUCCUGAAGACGUGCGACAGCCGCUUCCUCAGCAACGACGGGAAGCUGGUCAAAGAGAACACCCCCACCACCAGCUUCACCCUGGAGCUCAAGUCAGGCAAGCUGGCCUUCAAGGACUGCGAUGGGAAGUACCUGACACCCAUGGGCCCGACCGGCACGCUGCGCUCAGGCCGGUGCUCCAAGCCUGGCAAGGAUGAGCUGUUUGAUCUAGAGGAGAGCCACCCACAAGUCAUUUUCCAGGCAGCCAACAAAAGAUUUGUCUCCGUCAAACAAGGUGUGAGCAUCUCAGCCAACCAGGAUGUGGAGACAGACAUGGAGACCUUCCAGAUGGAGAUUGAUAAGGAGAGCAAGAAGUGCAUGUUUAGGACCAACGGCGGUAACUACUGGACACUGGUCUCCCACGGAGGGAUCCAGUCCACAGCCACGGAGGUGGAGGCCAACACAAUGUUUGACAUUGAAUGGCUCGGUCGCAGUGUAGCACUGAAGGCAAGCAAUGGGAAGUACGUGUGCACCAAAAAGAAUGGGCAGCUUUCAGCCGUCAGCGAUUCCGUAGGUGAUGAUGAGCUCUUCCUGAUGAAGCUCAUUAAUCGGCCCAUGUUGAUCCUGCGAGGGGAGAACGGUUUUGUGUGUCAUCACAAGAGCUCCAACACGCUGGAUGCCAACCGAUCCGUCUAUGACAUCUUCUUACUGCUUUUCAGCGAUGGCGCCUACCACAUAAAAAGCGUAGGUGGAAAGUUCUGGUAUGUCUCCAGCAGCGGCCUGGUGUGCUCAGACGGAGACAAGCCUGAGGACUUCUUCCUGGAGUUCCUGGAGCACGGGCGGGUGGGCAUCAAGGGCAAGAACGGCAAGUACCUGCGCGGGGACAGCGGCACGCUGAAGGGCGACGCUGCUACCGUGGACCCCUCCUGUCUCUGGGAGUACUAACCUGGCGCCACCUCCUGACGACCCCUGAAGCCCGUGGAGGGGUGGAGGGAGAAGGAGAGAGGGAGGACCUGGUUCCCACCUGGGAUCACAGCUCAACCAACAACGAUACAUUACACAGACUGACUGGGGAACAUUUUCACUACUCUCUUUUCUACUUUAGUGGCAAAGGAGAGGCCGUUCCCACUUCUUUGUUUUGUUUUGGCAAAAAGUGAAAAUGUGUAGAAAGUUUCUUUGUGUUUAUUUUAUUAUAUUUUAUUUGUUUUCCAAAAAAAACAUUGGUUACCUAAAUAUAGUCUUUUUCCAAGUGACAUUGCCAACAUCAACAACAGCGAAUACUUAAUAAAAUCUGCUAAUUUUGGUCACUCACACAGCCUAUAAAAAAACAUUAGAUUCUGUAUAGCGGUCUUAAAUUAUUAUCUGGAUGCCUGAAUAAAGGCAGCUUUUCACACCAAUAUGUCUUUGUUGUGAUGUUUACUGUUGUCUUUAACAACAGUGUAUCAGUACAAUGAUUAUCCAACACUGCUCCCAAACAUACUCACUGCUUCCAAAGAGGACACGAAUCAGCUUCCAAAAUGCCCAAAUUAAUGGUGUAGAAUACCAGACCAGAGUAGCCCAAAUGGCCCUGUUUGAGUAGCCCAGAGUAGCCCAAAUGCCCCUUUUUGAGUAGCCCAAAUGGCCCUGUUUGAGUAGCCCAAAUGGCCCUGUUUGAGUAGCCCAAAUGGCCCUGUUUGAGUAGUCAAGAGUAGCCCAAAUGGCCCUGUUUGAGUAGCCCAGAGUAGCCCAAAUUGUCCUGUUUGAGUAGCCCAAAUGGCCCUGUUUGAGUAGCCCAGAGUAGCCCAAAUGGCCCUGUUUGAGUAGCCCAGAGUAGCCCAAAUGGCCCUGUUUGAGUAGCCCAGAGUAGCCCAAAUGGCCCUGUUGGAAUCAUCUUACAAAGCAAUACGAUCCUUCUUCCCUUCCUUGAAGUAAUCCCUGAUUUGACAUGACUGAUGUAAGCAACCAUGCAUGUCAGAUCAGUGAUGACUUGGAGGAUGUAUUUAAAGAGUAGUCUAGCAGGGCCAAUGUCUGGUCCCGCUACAGAUUAUACAGCUCAUUUGAAUUAAAUAUAACAAAGACAGGAACACAUCAGUUGUCCACUAUGUGGGAUCAUUCAGUAGUAUCACAGUACUAGAUAGUUGUAAGAUAUCAACAUGAGGGAAAAGCAAGAGAUCAACAUUGUUUGCGAGGGGAGUGUACUACAAGGGCAAUUUGAAAUGUUCUAACCCGUCAAACUCAACCCUGGACCUCGAAGCCAGUUCCACUGCAUUUUCUUCAUUGUUCGCCUCUUAUCAGGGACUGAUUUAGACCUGGGACACCAGGUUUGUGCAAUGAAUUAUCAGGUGGAACAGAAAAGCAUCAGGACCUCGUCGGGUCAGAGUUGACUACACCUGUUCUAACCCUCUGACUCUAUGUAUUGGUGACUGUAUGGGCUGUACUCUAUCAUGUCAGUCUACAAGUCUGCAGUCACAAGACGAUAAAACCUGUGUUUCAGGGAAUCCGUUUGACCAAGGCAAAGCACAGAAUCAGAAUGAUUUAGGAUGCUAUUUAGAUCAGUGAUUCUGGCAGACUGGCUGCGAUGUUGUGAAACUCAAACACAACAUUAUCAAGUGCUGCUCUGAUUUCCCUGCCUUGGGGCUUUAAAAAAAUCUUCCACGGUUCACCCAUUGAGUUGCAAAGAGGGCCCACCCCCAUUUGCUGUUUUACCAACUGGGACAGCAUGGAUACCGCCAUUGAGGGCUAUCUCCAUUUUAAAGUGGUACAUUUCUGGCAAUUGCCACAAACUGUGCCCUCUAUCCGUCUCUAUGAAUGCCCUCUAGUGUGCCCUCUGCCAUCCUAUACCCUCUCCCUGAGCCUCUGUCCUGCAAUGAACUCGCCCGAAAGACUUCCAAUUCUACCAUGGAGGUACCACAUCUGCAACAGUUUACAGUCUGAACCAAUUAAGACCAACGGUUCUGUGACGUGUGAGUUUGUGAUCAACUGUCUCCAAAGCAUACAGCCCUAUCAGGUGAAGAGGAGCCGCGGACCCAGCUUUAAACACUACAACAAUGAUGUAAUGUCGGUCAAAUAGAUUUUUAUUUUUGUCUAUACAAGUGUUGACGAUAAUAAAAAUAAACAAUGCCCAUA